CGGCAAAUACAAAGUAGAAUAUGCACAGGCAGGGCUGAGCUUUGCACAUCCGUCGAAAACAUAUCAGGAAGUGACUUUCUUCCUCCGCUGUUGUCGUGAGCGUUUCCUAGCAACCAGGGACGGCGUGUCAUUGGAUACUUUCAGCCGAUUUACAAGAAAAAGUUAAAUGGUGUAGCGCUUAGCGCAGAGGGGCAUUCUCUGAGCUCUUCCUUCCGAGUAGUACUGUUACCGGGGCAACGUGCCACGCGAAGAGGCAGAUAGUUGAGAGCAAACAAGCGCAGAUCUGGAAGCAGCGAAAUUAAAUGAAUGGCACAGAGCAAGGAGAGGGCACAGCUAGUCGGUCAGUGGGACGAGAGCAGGAGACUGGGCCGAGGAGAAUGCCGCAAAACGAGCCAGUGUGCUGUGAAUCCCAUGCCUCCCCAAGCUACUCCUUAUGUUGUGAGGCGAGAUGAAUUGGAGCCAGACCCUGAUUACAAUCAUUUCUUACUGAGGACUAGUACUUGCUGGAAUUCAGUAGCCAGGUCAGAUGCUGCUCUUCGAGCUAUACUAAGAGGUUCAGCAAGCAAAAGGACACCUCCUCAAAAGGGACAUGGACCAAAUUCAAGCUUAUCUCAGACAUUUGUGUUUAAUGUUGCAAAGGAUUCUGAUGAUGUUUCAAAUGAAUCUUGGAGAGAUGCAAUGGCUAGAAAGUUCAUGUUCACUUCAAGCACGCAAAGUGCCUAUGAAGAAGUACCUUGGGACUGUAAAUUACCAGCAAAACUUUCUCCUCCUGAAUCUGCACUGCAAAUGAAGUCCAGGUCUGUCUCGGCAAGCUUUGCACAUAUGUCCCAAACAGAGCCUUGGCAAGUGAGUGGCAGAACAUGGGAUAGAUUCCAAACAAGGAAGCUCUAUACAGGAACCAGACCAAUUACCUUUAUGUCAAGAUUUCCCCGUAUGGAUCAAAUUCCGAACUACAACGGUUGUGCAGGCUCUCGAAAUUCAGAAGAUAUUGACAAUGGCAAUGCUGAAUAUGCUCCUUUCACCAAAGUUCGAACUCAACAACCUCAUUACUACGAAAGUGCUUAUUCUCCAAACAUCCCUGGAUACACUGGUAGGGUUCAUUGGAUGGCUAUCCACCCGGCAAAUUCUAAUCUUCGGUCUCCACCUUCAUCAGCUAACACACAAAUGAUUGGUUCUCCUCUGCCAAGUGAGGCUGCAUCUUCAGUCAGACACCAGGCUCCGUUCUCCAGAAUGGUCACUACUGUUGCCCCUUACAACCCAUUUAACAAAUCAAAUAAAGUGGAGAUUUUCGCCUAGACCAGAAAAUGCAAAGACUUUGAAAAAUGCAUUUCCUUGUGAGGCUUACUUUAUUUUGCUUUGAUAAUCAUGCAGGUACAAUAACUAUAGAAUGUGCAGGGGCCAAUAUUUAAAUGAGACAUAUUGUGGGAAAAAAAGUGCCAGCGCAUUGCUCAAAAAAGUGGUGUUUCGGGCUGAUUUAUUUAAAAUAUCUGCAAAAACCUUACUAGUCUCACCCAUCUGUUCCCGCUGACGCCUUUUCCAGGCUGUACAAGGGAGCCAGCAGCACUCGGCACACUAAGAUAACAGCACUGUAAGAUUUUUUAUUAAAGAGAUUAAAACAAAAACAGAAAAAAACUUUCAAAAGCUCAAACCAUGAACACUGAAUAUAAAUUAACAAUCUACAUAUAAAGCAAAUUAAAUAUCUUCAAACUAACUUAUCCAUGCAAAAUUAAUCACCCUCCACAAAUCCAUAUUCUCUUUAUUAACACAAAUUUUCUUAAAUCUGAUAAAAUACAAUUCACUUAUAAUUUUCUUAACGGUCAGAUCCAUGGAGUCUUUUUCUACAAAGAAUGCUUCCUGCUUAUGAUACCAUGGGCCCUUUCCUCAUAAUUUCCCCUACAGACCUCAUUAAUACCCAGUAUCGACAUGACAUGAUCAUAAAGACUCUGGGAAACUGAGCAGCGUAACAGAAGAUGGUCCAUUGUCUCUUCCUCCCUGCAGCCCCCAGGACAGAAUCUAUUUACAAUACUCGAGUAACUCAAAUUCCCCCUUACGAAAAAGUUUCCCAACCAUGCACUGUCAAAAAAAUUCCCCGGAAGCCUAUGGCUAUUCAAAAAUGUAAUACCAUUUUAAUAUUGCCCAUACUUAUUGUAGGGCAAUUUUUUUCAACUUAAAUUAAGCACAAGUCUAUGCAACUCUUUUCUAGAGACAUUUUCCUUUUCCCUAAAACUCAAAUUCCAUUUUUUAAGGAGUUUUAACCCAAAAGAGAUGUGCCACAGAAACCCCCCCCCCCCUCAUCUGGAUCCCCUCCACCCAGUCUCUGAUAAAAGGGGAAACACAGGAUCUGACAGUUUUCCCACAGAGAACGUCAUUGACCCAAAUUCCAAAAAUUAAAUUAGAAAAUGGUGCCAAAGAAGGUGAUUGACUGCACAGUAGGAUAGGAACCAAUCAGCAGCUACCCUGACCUGCAAGGAAAGGCAAAUAACAAUCAUGUUGUCAAUGCUUUAAAUGAAGCUUCAUAUUCAAUGGCAGACUUUUUAAAAUAAUUUGUCAAACUCUAUUACCUACAUGUUUGUCUGGGGGAGUGGAGGGAAGACUACCCUUAAUGACUUUCCCUUUAUGCAUUGCAGUGUAACAUCAAGGGAGAAGAAGUAAAGCCCCAGUCGCUCCCCAUCUCCCCAUUGCUCCCCAUCUUUUCUGCUGAUUCACAUGCUCUGUGCUGCUGUCACUUAUUGAGCUUAUGGACCCAUUCAAAAUACUGUAGUACUGUAGAAUAUAAAUGUCAUAAUAUAAGGCUGAUUAGUAAAUAAUACAGAUAAUUACUAAAUGGCAGCAUAAAAACCAGUGCAGCUAGCAUAAUAAUUUAACAAUCAGCCUUGUAGCAUCAGCUUAUAUUACAGACCAACCUCAUUUUCUGCUUGAUAAUUUGCGACAAACCCUUAGCUUAGUUUAUCAACUGCUGCUGAAAUCACACUGAGCAUGUGAGUGUCGUAGACACUUUCUAAGAUGAUGACCCCCCCUGUGACAAGGUGAAGUCCUGAAUUAUGGAAAGGCCAUCUCCCAAAGAGUCUAUUUUAUCUUAAUUUUUGA